AUGCAACAACUAUCGCGAUCUCAGGACAAUGCAGGCAAAAAUGAUACCUCAAAGUAUCCUUCUUGUGGUGAGUUUACGGUUAUCGAAGGGUAUAUAGUAAAAAACUAUGUAUGCCAUGCUGAUAAUAAUGGCGAUAACAACAACAACCAUGUUGAUAAUAACGGCAACGGCAACGGCAACGGCAACGGCAGCAGCAGCAACAACAACAAUAGCCAAGAAGAGGACAAUAAGCCUUUUGUCUACACUUCUGGCCCUACUGCCUCGCACCUUCGGGUGCCCACUCGUCUCUUUUUUGAAACUCAACAUCUUGUCGACAUCUCUGGAUAUCAUAAAUCACCAGGAGAUCUCUUUACAUGCAGUUCAAAAGCAUUGUUUGACGUUGUACCUACUCUGGAGCGCAGAUUCUAUUGGGAAGACAAUGUCUUUAAAAAAGAACGAAAAAAGGCAGCCCGAGAUCUCUCUGGAGCGAAAGCGCCCUUGUUUGCAUUACAAGUUAUUCCAAUUUCCUUCAAGCACAACCGAAAAAAGUAUUUGGUUUAUGUCCCAGAGCUGGAUGAUGCCAAGUUACGCCCUCAGCUAGAGCUCAAGACAAUUUCGUUUAUAUCUCAAGAUCUUAACGGGCGGCAAAACACUUUCAACCAGAAACAACAGAAACUUGCUUCCGACAGAGUAAACACCAUAUUCAAAAACGUGUUAAUGGCGGAUACCAUUGAGUUUUGUGAGUCAGAUAAUAAGAUACUAGAGAAUCUCGAAGAGUCAUUGGCUGCGUUCCGAGUGGAAUGCACGUUUGUGUUUAACCGAUGCUACAAUCUGACUAUCUCUGCUCGGAACUCAAGAAUAAUGCAGCGUAAAAGCUUUUCCAGUUUCCGAGGUGGAUCUGUGGUCAAACGUUUUCAAAAUUACUACUAUAAACAGCUAUGCUCGUUCCUUUACCCCAUUUUACUAUCUGCUUCUGCACGCUAACAAACUAUCCUUGUUUCCUUACGAGUGCAAGGAGUAUCUAGAGGAGCUGCUUCAGCCACUCAUGCUAGACAAGCCCUCUGAUCAGCAAAAACUCACAUGCAUAUCUAAGCUAUGCUACAAUAUGUUGACCGACACAGAUGGCUUAGGCUCGAUACUGGAGACAUUAGUCAAGAUGACUGUGUUUGACUGGAAAGUAAGGGAACCAGGUAUACCAUAUUUCAAGCCAAAACUGGCAACAUUGAGCAAUACCCGUCACUCACUUGACACUCUAAAGUUUUUUCUGAUCAAUGCCACUCUGGCGGUCGCUCCUACUUCUAAUAUGCAUUCGCCAUUUGACAAGAACAGCCCAUCCGGAAACAUGUGGAACUAUGUGACAAGCAUUUACCAUGAGGUAUUCAAGGAGCAAAGUACAAUCGCCAGCUACCGCGUUCUUCUACAGAGGCCCGACGGCGUGUCUGUUUCGGAUAAGCUUUUGAACAAAAACAAAAUACAAUGGUUUUAUGGCAAUCGUAAAAUGCAAUGUGACAAAUUGAUAUGGGGUCUUAGAAACUACUUCCGGUUGCCCACUGUCGAAGAUCUUGCGGUUGAUCUAUUGCACUGUGAUGAGAUAUCUCUUACCGAGAGCCGCUUCAAUCCUAAAGGCUCACUUCUUGAUCUCUUCCCUUCCGAGUAUUUGCAAAGCCUUUUGCCUUCUUUUGCGAGGUACGAGAUGCUCUCAGAAGAGCAGCAAGCUUAUGUAUUUGAGUCAAUUGAUAAAAUAACCGAGAACCUUAUCUGGAUGGUAUAUUUGGGCUGUGGGUAUUCCUAUCGAUUUCCAGAGCUGGUGGAUAUUACUUAUGCAGGACCAAACAGAGCGCUUUUCAUAGACAAUGAUACCAGGUGUCUCGUUCUCUUUACGACUUACACCAAAGGAGACAAGUCAACUAAGCCACUUACUAAACGGCUGGAUGCAACUACUUCAAAGUAUCUCCUGUACCAUAUUGUGAUUCUGAGACAGAUACAAGCCAACUUGCUUGGCCCCGAAUAUUGCGAGGUGAACCCCGAACACUGGCCUCGAUUUCAUGGAAGCUCCAUUGAACUUUCCCAAUAUAUUCUCCACCAAUAUGUGUUUUUCAGCAUAAAAGAGAGUACUUUACUGCGCCAGAAAGGGUUCAACGACAUGCUAGUCAAAGAGUUAGGCUUCAAUACUCGUGAGCUGCGUCAAGCAAUGGUAGCGAUCAUGCGAAACUAUGUCAAACGUAGUUCCGUGUCUGAGGUUUAUCACACAAUGACUCAAGAGCUCAUGUUUGGACAUUCUGUUCGCACAGGACUUGAGUCUUACGGACUUGAUUCCUUUUCAUUUGACUCUGUCACUGCAAGUACUGCUACUUACUUUCAAGCUGUUGCAUCUGAAUCAUGGCAUAACUGGAUAGAGCUUGAAUCCAGCUUCCGCACACCGCAAGUUAACGGUAUACCUUCGGAGCAAGACAUCCAGGAGCUAGAGGGAUAUGUCGAUACACUCAAGACUGCUUUGCAUAAUAUUCGGUUUUCGGCUACAGCAAAAAAGUUGCGAGAGCUUCCUUCAAUUGUGCCGACCACUGGGCUGUCGGGUUAUCUAGCAUCCCAGAAGGCUGCUCGGAGACCGGGAAUUGCAACAACCUUAGAUCAAUUGCAGCAGGUUGCACACGUACUCAGAUCCAAUGCUGAAAUGUGA